GACACACGGAGCUUCUGACACGCCGGGCGGGAAGAUGUCAUCAUUGCCAAGAAGAGCAAAAGCAAAGGUCCAGACUGUGAUAUCCAAAGAUGAAUUUUCUUCCUUCUCUGAGUUAUCAUCUGCCUCUGAAGAUGAUAAGCAGGACAGUGCCUGAGAACCCCAAAAGAAAGUCCCUAGAAGCCGUAAGCCACCUGUUUCCAAGGUAUCCAAACCAAAGAGAGUACCACGAGUGAAGAACACGCUGCAGAUCAGUGAUGGCUCAGAAGACGUGGCUGUCAAGGAGGAGCUGAAUAACUCUAUCGCUAUUGCCGAUGUUGAUUUAGAAGACAAAAACAAAUUGGAGACUGGGCAGACUCUGAAAACAGCAAAGACAAAACGGAAAAAUUCAGCUCAGUCACCUUCAGCUCGGAGGACUAAAAAGCUGAAAACUGAUGAAGAAGCCAACAAAGCCAGCAGCUUAGAGAGCAGAAAUAAUAGCACAGAGAUACCAUCCACUAGCGCCAUGUGGGAAGGUGGGUGCAAGGAAGAGGAGAACAAAGACGACUUUACAUGUGGUCAGCCCCCUUUGAAGAAAGUGAAGACGGAAACAUGUCCUCAGGGGCAGCCUGUCAGGCUUCCAGAAAAUAUCAGUAAUAUUGAGGAGGUGGAAAUGAACUGGGACAUAGUACAGGUUUUAUCUGAGAGAACUGAUAUUGAACUUUGGGUUUGUGCCAAUAUUAUCUGUCUCUUUAAUGAUGAUAACACAAUUCCCUUCAUUAUAUGUUAUCGAAGAGAGCUUAUUAAUAAUCUUGAUGCUGAUUCCUUGAGAGAAGUUCAACAAACUCUAGAGGAGCUACGGGCUGUUGCAAAGAAGGCUCAUAGUACAAUCCAAAAAAUUAAAAAGGAGGGGAAGAUGUCUGAGUGCCUGUUAAAAGCUUUGCUGAACUGUAAGACUUUUGAAGAACUAGAACACGUGUCAGCGCCAUAUAAAACUGGGAGCAAAGGCACCAAAGCCCAGAGAGCAAAGCAGCUGGGAUUAGAAGGAGCAGCCAGGACACUGCUGGAGAAUCCAGGGGAGCUGAGUCUUCUGUCUUAUAUUAAACCCAAUGUGAAAGGGCUUUCCGCACUCCAGGAUAUUGAAACAGGAGUGCAGCAUAUUUUAGCAGACAUGAUUGCUAAAGACAAAGACACACUUGACUUCAUUCAGAAAUUGUGCCAAGAUAGAUAUAUUCAUAUCCAGUCAUCUUUGGCAAAAGUGUCCUCAAAAUAA